GGCAGGAGGGUUUUGUAGGCUGAAAGUUCGGCUCAGAGGCCUGGCAAGGAGUCGGGGAUUGCCUCUCCUGCUGCUGCUCCUGCCCUCCCCAUGAUGAGUCUGUGUGGGCUUGAGGAGCGGGGUGGGAAAGGAGAGAUCCAGUUUCACUUCGAUCAUAUGUCUCUCGCUUAGGCAAGAGGAGUGGGCGCCAUUUCUGGAAAGCCGGACUCAGGGACGGGCAUAAAGGACGUCCAAAUGGAAGGCAGUCCCCGCUGCUGAUCAGAAAGACACCAGAAGCGGGGUCGUCGUUCACCCCCCACCCCUCGCCAGACGGAUACAAAAAUGGCGGCUCCAGGGUACCACGUUCCACAGCCCGGAUAUCCCACUGCAUCUCCCCCAUACCCCAUACACCAACCUCACCCUGUCCCCACGGCGCCGACCCCAGGGUUCAACGUCUAUCCAGCCGGCAGCCCUCCAGCGGGGCAAAUAAUUCCCCCCCAGCCACCUCCUCGUGCCUUUCGGGAUCACACCGCUACGCCCCACCACCACCAAGCUCCGGACCCCCACGCGGGCAUCACUCCCUACCUGCCCGUGGCCAGCAGCAUCCCUCCUGGCCUCGAGUACCUGGCGCAGGUUGACCAAAUUUUGAUACACCAGAAAGUGGAGCUCGUGGAAGCGUUCAUAGGUUUUGAAGGCAACAACAAGUACGAAGUGCGCAACAGCCUGGGCCAGCACAUCUUCCACGCCCAGGAACAGAACGACUGCUGCACGCGGAACUGUUGCGGAUCCCUGCGGCGCUUUUCCAUGCGGCUGGACGACCCGGCGGGACGGGAGGUCCUGCGCAUGGUGCGCCCCCUGAAAUGCGUCAGCUGCUGGUUCCCUUGUUGCCUUCAGGAGCUGGAAGUUCAGUGCCCGCCGGGCACCACCAUCGGGUACGUGGUGCAGACGUGGCACCCCUUCAACCCCAAGUUCUCCAUCCAGAACGUCGAGAAGGAGACGGUGCUUCGCGUUCUGGGGCCUUGCUUUGCUUGCAGCUGCGGCGGAGACGUCAACUUUGAGGUGAAGACCCGCGACGAAUCGCGAGGUGUCGGGAGGAUCAGCAAGCAGUGGAGCGGACUCCUCAAGGAGGUCUUCACCGACACAGACAACUUUGGGAUCCAGUUUCCCAUGGACCUCGAUGUCAAGAUCAAGGCGGUGCUUUUGGGAGCGUGUUUCCUCAUUGAUUUCAUGUUUUUUGAAAAGACGGGGGAAGUUGGACAGAGGAGUUCGGUGAUCACAAGCUAGAACCUUCUCAAAACCGGGAUUUCCUCUUUUCUCAAUGGACCCUUUUCCCAGUUCUGACAUGACAGCGGGGGAGCGGGUUGUGUGUGUGUGUGUGUUUGCGUGUUUGUGAAAGGAAGAGCGACGGAAUAGCAUCGCUGAGUUAGGCACGCGGCCCCUCGCCUUGUUCGAAUCCACACGGAAGGAAAAACAAGAAAAAAAUUAAAAUGUACUAGGUUCCUUCUCUGUCGUGACUUGUUUCCAUAACAGCUUGAGGAAGAUUUGGGCAGCCCACGGUAUUGCUUUCUGCCUGAGGCCCCCAACCCCACACUGAUGGUUGUUACUCACAGAGUUCAUAGACUUGUACGGUUUAAAGGGGCACCCAAGGGUCAUCCAAACCAACCCCAAGUCCUCCUUCACGUUGCGCGCCGUUAACCUGUGGAACUCAUUGCCACAGGAAGCGGCGAUGGCCGCUAACCUAGAUCACUUUAAAAAAUAUUAGGCAAAUUCACACAGUAGCGCUUCUACAUACCUGUUUCUGAAGCCGCACGAGGGGAGAGCGGCCUUUGCGGUCUGAUCCUGCUUUGGGGCUUCUCAUGGUGGGCGUCUGGUUGGCUGUGGUGAGACCAGGAUUCUGGCUAGACAGACCUUUGGCCUGACCCAGCAAGAGGCUUUUAGGUGCUUAUGAUCUGUGGCAAAAGGUUUGGGUGUCUUGCGAAGGCCGUGUGGGGGGCUGAAUCGACGUUUUUUUCGGCAGGGUCUGGAUUGGGACCAAAGCCUUCUGGCAGGCUGUGGUUUUUAUCCCUGUUCUUUGAAGUGCCAAAAGUGAAUGGGCCUCCGACGGAGUAGUCCAUCCUUGGAACGCGAAGAGGUGGCUAUUGCUACGGCUGUUGCUGCGCACACGUUUUUCUGCCGUUUUCGGCACACCGAGCCUUAAAAUGUGGGGAGCGAGGCUUGGAGCCUCUCAGGUCUCUUCCAUCAGGCCAGCGUCUCGUUUCUGCAACGGCAGAGAGCUGGAUUUAAUUAAGGUUGCUUACAGAGGCUGCAGGGUCAGGUUUCAAGCUCCCGGCUGAGACAAUAGGGAGGAGAGCGCAGGGACAGGAAGAGAAAUGGGAUGUUCCUUUCUGAAAACACAGAAACCAGCAACGAAGCUUGUAUGUGCGAAAAAGCAUUAGCCGGCCUUUUUCAAUAAUGAAAAAAGAGGUGAUUUUGGGCGUGGGAGAUUCCAGGCAUCGCAAUGGUGAGCUGUAGCCAGGCCGUAAACAUUCAAUAAAAAGUUAAGAGCCCGCUGGGUCAGGAUCCAUCUGGAUCAGCACCCCAUUCUCACAGGGGCCAACCAGAUGCCCAUUAUGGGGAACCACCAUCAGGAUUCGAACACAAGCCCUUUCCCCGCCUGUGGAUUCCAGCAACUGGUAUUCGGGCGCAUGGCUGCCUCCGACCGCGGAGGCAUAGGCGUUGUGACCAGAUAGCCUUCGCCGCCUCCGUGAGGGUGUCAAUCCUCUUUUAGAGUUGUCUGGGUUGGCGGCCGUCCCUGCAGGAGGGAGUACCACAGUUGCUGCUGCUGCGCGAGUUAUGCGUCCCAUUUCUGAGACGCAUGAUGCGCAAGGUGAGCGAGGGCUGCAGUCCCGUAUUCUGCUCCAUUUCUGGUCAUUUUCGCUCAGCGUUUUGAAACUAGCCUUUGUUGGUUUAGGACAGGAGUCCCCAGGGUUCUUUGGACCCAAGGACCAAUUUGGAAAAUUUGAAAUAUUGUUGUGGGCGCCUCAAAAUACCCAUUGCGCGGUGGCGCAGUGUGCUCUGACAGAAUGAGUGGGACAGAGCCUGAGUGUUUGUGUGAGUGUGAGUGUGAGAGAGAAAGAAAGAAAGAAAGAAAGAAAGAAAGAAAGAAAGAAAGAAAGAAAGAAGGUAUAAUGUGGAGAAAAUGACUUUAAGAAAGCAGGCUUUGUUGUUGUGCCGUGAGAGAAAGCGCAAGAGAGCGUGGAUGUUGGAUCGUUCAGCUCCUGCCCAAACCUCCCUUUUACAUUUUUUUCUUCUGGGGGGGUUCACUGUCAGAACUAGGCCCUCAGCCCCAUUUAAUCUCUUCUGGGCUUCUGCCAAAGCCUCUGGUCUCCAAACCGAGAUAUCAAACCACUUCACAGAUCUGCACACUGGUCAUCCACGCCACAUUGCCUUAACCACUAAACCUGGAAACGCUCCUCUAUCCUUUUUUAAAAAAUAAAAAAGGGAUAGGGGGGUUCUUGUUGUCCCCCUCUAACGUCGGGUUUGCAGCAGCACCUCCCCGUACGCCGAGGAAACCCAACGCUUGCAUAAUAUCACUUAACGUUCUUUGUGUUUUAUAUAUAUAUGUAUAUUUAAAUGUUUACACCUCUGGUGUCUUGCGGUGGGUUUGGGGCACAGGAGGGGGAAUAGAGAGAGGAAACGGAUGGGGGUAUUUUAGACCCUCCUCACACACACCCCACUGCGCCAAAAGAAAACAAAGAGGGUAAAAGUCGAAGCCUUUCGAGUUUUGAGUUGACAGCGGCGGCUCAUGAGGACGGAAGCUGCGGAGGAGCGGGAGGCGAUUUGCACGAUGUUGGGGGGUUGCACGUGACGAAAUCCAGCCACCGCCAAGCUGUUAAAACUUCGGAGCGGUCGAGGCGAGCAGCAGGACAAUUGACUGUUGGCCAAAGGAAACGGCUGGACAACUUGGCUCGCAUCUCAUCGACCUGGCCAUGGUUGUCGUCUUCGGAGCUGGUGUUUAGCCGGACAGGUGAACAGGAUUGUAGAAGGAGCGGUUCCUCCGGGGGGGGGGGAGCUGCAAGAGAGGCGAGUGCCUUGUUUCCUUGACCACACCUUCUGUUCCUCCGCAGCAAACCAAAGAAUAAAUGUAUGUAGUUGUUCUGCA